AUGGAGGACGUCAAACCCUUGGAUACUUCACACCCAAUUGUUUUUGACAAUAUCGAUUUAGUUCCGCAGACAUACAAUGACGAGAAGCCUUUGUGUAGUGAAACAUUUAUGAAACAAAGUUCAUUAUACGGAAAUCUUGAAUAUCAUUGUGAGAUUUGUAAGAAAACAUUGUCUUCGGAACAUGAAGUCUUCACACACAAAAGAAUGCAUGAAACGAAAAGACUUUUCCACUGUGAAAUAUGCGAGCGAUCUUUUGUCUCUAACGGUACAUUAACAAGACACAAACGAACCCACACGGGAGAAAAACCAUUCCUCUGCGAAACGUGUGGAAAAUAUUUCAUCUCCAACAGUAAUUUAGCAAGACAUAAAAGAGUACACACAGGGGAAAAGCCGUAUCAUUGUGAUAUAUGUGGGACAUCUUUCUCUGAUAAAUCUAAUCUUAUUGUUCACAAAAGACAACACACCGGGGAGAAACCGUACCACUGUGAAAUAUGUGGAAAAUCUUUUAUCACAAACGACCACUUGGUGACACAUAAACGAAUCCACACGGGGGAAAAACCGUUUCACUGUGACGUCUGUGGAAAAUCUUUCGCUCAGAAUUUUUGUUUCAUUCUCCACAAACGUAGUCACACUGGGGAAAAACCUUAUCGUUGUGACAUCUGUGGGAAAUCAUUCUCACAUAGUUCCCAUCUUGUAGUACAUGAACGUCGUCACACGGGAGAAAAACCUUUCCAUUGCGACAUCUGUGGAAAAUCCUUUUCUAAUAGUUCUCAUGUUACAAUUCACAAACGUAGUCACACGGGAGAGAAACCUUUCCGUUGUGACAUUUGUGGGAAAUCCUGUGUCACCGAUAGUGACUUAACGAAACACAAGAAAAUUCACACAGGAGGAAACCCCUACCAGUGUGGGAUUUGUGGGGAAUAUUUUGACACCAACUGUGACUUAAAAAUGCACAAACAAGUACACACGCGAGAAAGAACCUUCCGUUGUGAUAUUUGUGGGAAAUCCUUCUCUAAGAAUUCCCGCCUUGUAGUUCACAAGCGUAGUCACACCGAAGAAGAACCUUUUCGUUGUGAUAUCUGUGGGAAAUCAUUUAUUACAAACAGCGACUUAACGAAACACGAGAGAAACUGCAGUGAGACAUGUUAG